GGCUUGGCUUCCUUUGCUUCAGGGGGUGCCCAGCCCCCUGGUGGGGGAGAGCCCAGGUUUCGCUGGGUGCUGGUGUGUACCCUUAGUCAGAGGCCUGUCACCCUUGCCCUCUCUCCCAUCAGCCCUCUCUCCAGGCCCCACAUGUUAUGGGCCCCUGUCUGACUAGGGACACAUAGCUCUUUAUUUGAUGAUAUCCUUGCUCUUCUCAAGAGUAGUUUAAAUGCAUGAGGGAGGGGAAAGGAAGUUGUUUCCGCCUCCUGAGUCCAGGAGGUCUGGCACCUGAUGCCAACAAACUGUGUGCUGUGCUUUAAAUCCAGUUAUUUUUUAUGUGUCGGGUGUAUUCUGAUAUUGAGUAAAGACAUUGGACGUAUUACUAGCAGUGACUGAUUCAUAGGUGGGCGAAGGAACCUAUGAAAAUUUCCAUUCCCCCUCUAAGUUCUGCCCACGGUAACUUUCCAGCCAGAGUAUUUUCGCCUUCUCUAAAUGUUUUUUGCUGCAGCGUGUUUAAUAAUUUGCUAACUAUAUUGCAAAGUGUGGUUAACCCUGUCUGCAGCUCUUAGGCCUUUCACAAAUCAGUGAUACUUUCUGUUCUAUACUGUUCAGUUGAGUAUUUCCUAAGAAAUAUAUAGGUUUUUUUUCUAAUAAGAAUAGGUGAGGCGAUGCUAUUAAAAAUGCCCUGAAUUUAGUGAUGGUUUCAUUCCACUGCUACAUGUGUAAGUAACAAAUUGGGAUAUGGUUGUGGGAGGUUAUUGCCUGGUCAGUGUAGAGGUCUCUCUGGCAGAGGUGUUACUGACAUGAAACCAGACUAAGUGUAUCUCAGCGAGCUGUCACUUUUAAAGAGGAACUUAAGUGGGUUGCUAAACUUUACCAGCAGAUUCACUAUACACUCAAAACUUUCUGCAUGACAGACAGGCCACUCAGUCUGCUAUAGGAGUUUUUCUACAUAGACAUACUACAAUAUGAUUUGACUUCUUAAAAAUGUAGAUGAGUUAGUGUGGAAUACAGCCUUAGCCAAGGAAGUGACUUGAUGGGAAAGAGGAGCAGUAGGGUGAUAGGUUUGAAAAUUGGCAUACACAGUACAUUAUGGUUGCAAAUAAAUUGCAUGAUGUCAUAAAAACAUGCCUAACUUUUGAAGGAGGGCCAUUGUAGAAAGAGUUUUGACUAAAUCUUGAGACUUACCUGCUCAUUAAAACAAAAGCUGUUGGUAUAUGACGAAAUGUCACCUUUUAUUGGAUGCGGAACUUGGUGAGUAUUGUCACAUGAGAUAAUGGUUAAAGAUUAAAAUGUGUGCAAGAGGUAUUUCUUGACUGAAGAAUGUAUAUCUACACCUAGGUUCUAGAAUACUUGUCCUAGCAAGUUGAUCUUUUCAGGAACUCUGCAAAAUCUACAGCAAUAAGUUAUUGAUCUGAAGACCAAAUCUACCCUCAUUAAUUCCACGUCUUGGGAGAUGUUUUGAAAGAUCACUGUUAUAGGUGUUACUUUGAAUGUUUACAAUCUGUUAAUCAAUGUGUGAUGCAGUAUAAAUUCACACAUUUCCAAGAGGUCCUCUUUCAUUUGUGUCAAACUGCUUCCCCUCGGAGGUACCUUGGUUAUAAGCUGUUAACACAUGGCAGGAAAACUAGAGCAACAGUGUGGGAUACAAAUAUUUCAUCCUAGUGAAGUUGAAGGGACAAAAUUAAAAUUAUGGAAACAAAUUAUAUAAAUUGUAGUGAAGCCCUGGUUUCAGAUGGACAAUAGCAUUUAAUUUACUACUUUGUAUCAGAAAGAAUAAGAAUGAUUAUAAAGAGAAGAUGUACAGUAAUAUUAACCUCCUUUCUUGACAACAAAUGUCUGGAAUUGUUUCGAUUCCUAAUUUACAAAACUUGCAAAUAUUGAAGACGGUAAAUGGGUAAAUAUAGUUGGUCAUUUAAUCUCUUUUAGCAGGUCAGUGCCCACAAAAGCUAUACUGCUUCAGACUAAUUAGCACAGGAUUAAUGGAUCAUCUCCCUAGUAUCCAAACAAGCACAGCAAACUUUGAUUGCCCUCGAUGAUUCAUGCUUUUUAACUUUUUAAAAUGAAACUGUAUCCUACGACAAGCUGCCCUUAAAUUAAAAUAAAUAAAAAUAUGUAUACAGGUGCAGGGCCAGUGAGGCACAUGGCGUGUUUGAUAUCUAGUAAGACAAACGCUGUGCCUCAAGGAAGCUGGUGUGCUGUUCUCCUCAACUUUGGAGAAUUGAUAUAUCAAACGGACUACAUCUACUUGGAGUAUCACCCUCUAAGUACUUUAGCACUUAAAAUAUUUUAGUGUUAAUAGUCAAACAAUCUAUAAAUAAAAAUUGGUAAUUUAGUGGAGACUUAGAAGUCUUCCUAUAAAACAAAGGUAUAUGGCUUCUUGGGAUUUAGUCUUGCAUGCAAAAGUUUAUUACUGCAUUUCUAAGGUUUCCCGACAUGUUUGUUUUCCUCCCCGCCCAAUGGGAUAAAUUCAGACCCUCUGUUUGUCAGCCCUUUGACUGAAAGGGACACUGUCAGCUUAACAUUUUGUCAGGUAAAAAAAGCUUUUAAAGCAGCUUCAGUUAUUAAAUUUCUCCUAAGUUAUCCUACCAAUUUUUGUGGCUUUAAAGUCGUGCUUUUUAUUUUUCAAACAUUUUUCUCUCCUUUGUUGCUAUGCAAAAGACUCAAGCAGGGAAAGCUGCCUACACAAGUGGAAUCAUGAAAUUGUGACUACACAGAAUGCUGUCAAAUGCACAAAAUAAACUGAAACAAAUAUUUUUUUAAUUCAGUCACUUCAGUUCAAGUGUUUAAACAAUAGUGAGUUUUAAAAAAAUCAGACACAUUUGACUUUCAAAUAAGAGUUCCUUUAAAUUAUGUAACAUUCCAGUUCUAACUUAUAUCUUUGAGGAAACUGGCAAAACAUGACAUUGCCUAAUUUGAGUUCAAAUAUGUCUUCCUUCUUGAAGCCUCUGCAAAUGUUCUCAGUAGAAAUAAUUAAAACCCAGAUUUUUAUAAGCAACCGUAACCCGUUCUAUUAACAAGACAUGGAUGUCUUUACACUAAUAAUUUUGUUGAAAACAUUUUACUCUUACUGUUUCCUUACUGUUUCUCUUCCUUUAGGGGAAACUGUCCUCCUCACUCCCAUCUUUGUGUUGGAAUUUGAAAUUGGCCUGAGCUUUGUUUACAUUGAAUCGCAUUUCCCGGUUAGCAUGUAAACAGCAUAGCAUUUUUUUUGUGGUAGUGGAAACUACAAUAUUUUUUGUCAGUACUAUAUAAAAACGGUAUUUUUAAUUUAUAUUAUAGAAUAAAAAACUCUUCACCAAUUCCAGAUACUAUCAAUUUUCAGAUAAAAAUUGGACCUCUAAUCACUUGAUCAUGCCAAGAAUCAGUCAUUAAAUCCUGACUCUGAGCAUAAUACAUGGAAGCCUGUAAUGGACUUAAUAAUAAACUCUCUAUUAUUCACUAAUGAUACUAUGCGCGGUGAUGAGUAUAUAUAGUAUACAAAAGACUAAAUUCCAUCACAGGGCUUUGACUUCAUAAAUCGUGUUUACAAAAGUAGAUUUCUUACAUACAUUACUGCUAUAAUUAGUUGUGUUUUGGGUACAUGAUUCUGUUCUUCAUGAAAAUCAUUUAGAGCUGUUAAAAGGCAGUGGAGCCACUAAGGAGCACUUUCAUUUGUAAAUCUUGCAACCUGGGCAAGGCACUUCAGACUUUGUUCCCUCGUCUGUCACAAGGAGCCUUCGGUUGAAUUACAGUCCUAUCUCCAGUUGGGAGGACGUUGUGUUACAUGAUCAUUUAUUAUCUCAAACUUUUUUCUUUGACUUUCACAGGGCCCCCAGCCAGCCUCUUCCAGCCGCCCCGCCGCCCCGGCCUGGGAACUGUUGGGAAACCCAUCCGUCUCUUAGCCAAUCAUUUUCAGGUGCAGAUCCCUAAAAUUGAUGUUUAUCACUAUGAUGUAGAUAUCAAACCAGAAAAGCGGCCCCGAAGAGUGAACAGGGAGGUGGUAGAUACUAUGGUGAGACACUUCAAGAUGCAGAUAUUUGGUGAUCGGCAGCCAGGAUAUGAUGGCAAAAGGAACAUGUACACUGCACACCCAUUGCCUAUUGGGAGAGAUAGGGUGGAUAUGGAGGUGACGCUCCCAGGUGAGGGAAAGGACCAGACGUUUAAAGUGUCUAUUCAGUGGGUGUCAGUGGUCAGCCUUCAGCUGCUUCUGGAAGCUCUGGCAGGGCAUUUGAAUGAAGUUCCUGAAGACUCCGUACAGGCACUUGAUGUAAUCACACGGCACCUUCCCUCCAUGAGGUACACCCCUGUGGGCCGUUCCUUCUUCUCUCCUCCUGAAGGUUACUACCACCCUCUGGGAGGAGGCAGGGAGGUUUGGUUCGGAUUCCAUCAGUCGGUCAGGCCUGCCAUGUGGAACAUGAUGCUCAAUAUUGAUGUAUCGGCGACUGCUUUCUAUCGUGCCCAGCCUAUCAUUGAGUUCAUGUGUGAGGUCCUGGACAUUCAGAACAUCAAUGAACAGACCAAGCCUCUUACAGACUCCCAGCGUGUUAAGUUUACCAAAGAAAUCAGAGGUCUAAAAGUAGAGGUUACCCACUGUGGCCAGAUGAAGAGAAAAUAUAGAGUUUGCAAUGUUACCAGGCGACCAGCGAGCCAUCAGACGUUCCCUCUGCAGCUGGAAAAUGGACAGGCUAUGGAGUGUACAGUAGCUCAGUAUUUUAAGCAAAAGUACAGUCUGCAGCUGAAGUAUCCUCACCUUCCGUGUCUCCAAGUGGGACAGGAACAGAAACACACUUAUUUACCACUUGAGGUAUGUAACAUUGUGGCAGGCCAACGAUGUAUCAAGAAGCUAACAGACAAUCAGACAUCAACUAUGAUAAAGGCGACUGCAAGGUCGGCACCAGACAGACAGGAAGAAAUCAGCAGACUUGUGAAGAGCAACAGUAUGGUAGGUGGACCGGAUCCGUAUCUGAAGGAGUUUGGCAUUGUGGUCCAUAACGAAAUGACAGAGUUAACAGGCAGAGUAUUGCCAGCACCGAUGCUGCAGUAUGGAGGCCGGAACAAGACUGUAGCUACACCAAACCAGGGUGUUUGGGACAUGAGAGGGAAACAGUUCUACGCUGGCAUUGAGAUUAAAGUUUGGGCUGUUGCCUGCUUUGCACCUCAAAAACAGUGCAGAGAAGACUUGCUCAAGAGUUUCACAGACCAGCUGCGCAAGAUCUCCAAGGAUGCGGGGAUGCCAAUCCAAGGCCAGCCAUGUUUCUGUAAAUACGCACAAGGCGCAGACAGCGUGGAGCCCAUGUUCAAACACUUGAAGUUGACCUAUGUUGGUCUGCAGCUCAUAGUAGUGAUCCUGCCUGGAAAGACACCUGUGUAUGCUGAGGUUAAGCGUGUUGGUGACACUCUCUUAGGAAUGGCCACGCAGUGUGUUCAGGUGAAGAAUGUGGUAAAAACCUCACCCCAAACUCUGUCCAAUCUUUGUCUGAAGAUAAAUGCAAAGCUUGGAGGGAUCAACAAUGUGCUUGUACCUCAUCAAAGGCCCUCUGUGUUCCAGCAACCAGUCAUCUUCCUGGGAGCAGAUGUCACUCACCCUCCCGCUGGGGAUGGAAAGAAGCCAUCCAUUGCUGCUGUGGUAGGCAGUAUGGACGGCCACCCUAGUCGCUACUGUGCUACAGUGCGUGUGCAGACCUCCCGUCAGGAGACUUCCCAGGAGUUGCUGUACAGUCAGGAAGUGAUCCAGGACCUGACUAACAUGGUACGAGAGCUGCUGAUCCAGUUCUACAAAUCUACUCGCUUCAAGCCCACACGGAUCAUUUACUACAGAGGAGGAGUUUCGGAGGGACAGAUGAAACAGGUAGCUUGGCCAGAAUUGAUUGCAAUCCGGAAGGCCUGUAUCAGUUUGGAAGAAGAUUAUAGACCAGGAAUAACCUACAUUGUUGUGCAGAAAAGGCAUCACACUAGACUCUUCUGUGCUGACAAAACUGAAAGGGUGGGUAAAAGUGGUAAUGUACCAGCAGGGACUACCGUGGACAGCACCAUCACACAUCCCUCUGAAUUUGACUUUUACCUCUGUAGCCAUGCAGGAAUUCAGGGUACCAGCCGCCCAUCUCACUAUCAGGUCUUGUGGGAUGACAACUGUUUCACCGCAGAUGAAUUGCAGCUGCUAACCUACCAGCUGUGUCACACGUAUGUCCGCUGUACAAGAUCUGUCUCCAUUCCAGCUCCUGCAUACUAUGCCAGGCUGGUAGCAUUUAGGGCAAGAUAUCAUCUUGUAGACAAGGAUCAUGAUAGUGCUGAAGGCAGCCAUGUUUCAGGACAGAGCAAUGGCCGGGAUCCCCAGGCUCUGGCAAAGGCAGUGCAAAUCCACCAUGAUACCCAGCAUACAAUGUAUUUUGCCUGAGUCCAUCUGGGAAGACGAGGCAGAACCGGCAACCCACGCAGUCCUGAAAUGUUUUGAACGCCUACUGCUUAUAGCUAGGGCUCAGUUUAUUUCAGACUGCAUACUACCAGCAGCUCUGAACAGUCGCACUGAAUCUACACUUCACAGCAAUGUCUGAUGCACCAACACAAUUGAGCCAUUUGUUUUGUUGUUUUAAGUAAUAGAAAUUCAUGAACUGUCUUUUCUGAUGCAUUGGACUGAAUUUUUACCUCAAAGCGCAAAAGGCCGAUCAUCCUGAAAUUUUUAAAAGACUUGGCAUGAAAGAUUUUUAUUGAAUAUUUUGCUAGCUAUGGUUUUUAAGUUAUCUCCUCAUCCCACUAGUUUAUCAAGAUGACUAAUUCCCUUUCUUCAUGCACUGCUUAGUAAGUAUGCAUAUUAUGGCAAAACAUUUUACUCCAAUUCAAUUUAACCAUUCUAUUGUGUGGGGCCAUAGAUUUUUUUUUUUAAUGGAGAUUUUAGAUUUCACUACUGUAAAUGCCUUUUAACAAACAUUAACUUUCACAGGCAUUGCAGUUUUUUGUCAGUUUUACUAGUUCUCUUUUUAAUCUCUGCAGACUUGGGCUGCAAAGCAAUUGCACUAUACUGCGGAUUCAGCUAGGUGGUUCUUGUUCUGUGAAUGUGUAACAUAACCAGAUAGUGAUGCCUGGCAGCAGGUUUUAAUUAUGAUGGUUACAAAUAAUACUGCCAUGAUAUGGUAACAAGUACUGAACCAUUUCCCCUUCUAAAAAUGAGAAAAUAUUUAAAAAAAAUUAGCUUUUAGAUAUUUUUCAAACUUUUACAAAAGUGCCCACUUUAUGCUGCUGUGUGGUUUGAUAAAUCUAGGUGAUUUUAAAACUUUUCUCAUAGAAGAUUUAACUUUGGCAAUAAAUGUUUUUUUUUAAGCCCCCCUGACAGUGUAAAAUUCUAGCUGAGGAUUGUGCAUGAGUUUAACCAACCUUCUUGUGUCGUUUUCUGAACACACAGUUUGGCAGUUUCUGAAACUAAUCAGAAAAGACGCACUUCCAUGGGUUUUUUUUUUAAAUAAUUAUUUUUAACUGUUUUAUAUUCACUGGUGUCCUGUCUACCACUUUUUUUAUAAGCUUGGAAAUUGGGUGUUAUAUGUAGGAAAGGCUUGCCAAUCUGUACAGUUCUAAGUGUGUUGUGUGACAAUAGCAACCUGAAGACUGGUACCAGCAUUUUAAUUCUCUCUCUUCUUCCCCCCCCUCCCUCCCCCCCCCCGGAAAUCUAGGUUGCUCACACAAUUGCAUUCAACAGCAUGUUUAAAAAGUGUAAAUCAAAUAUAUUCUGUCCCAGACUAGAAAUUAGUUAUUUUUAUUUGCUUGGCUUUUUUCAGCUAAAAUGUAUAAAAAGGAAGAGGGGCUCUGCUUCACUUAAUACUUUUGGAACUCACAAACGUAGUACUUUGAGAAUAGAUUUCUUUUAGUGUUAACAUGAGUUAACACAGACUAAAAUCUUAUUUCGAGAUUCAACAUAGCUAACAUUACACCACUGCAGAAGCCAAGAGAAGUUUGAAAAGUCACCAGCAAUUGCACUGUGGUCUCUGCCAUUGGUGUGGGGUUUGCUGCUAAGUAUUGUGUUGUUCCCGAGCUUGGAAACCAGCCCUCUCAAAAUCUCAGCAAUAUGAAAUGCUGUUUUUUCCUUCAGUCUUCUAAAUAAGCUUGUACAUAAAAUAAAGUUUACAUUUUUAAAUGCUGUCUUUCAGUUGUACCUGAGUAAGCUGAAGUUUGUCUUGAAGACAGUUUUAUAACCUACUUUCAGAGUAGUAUGCCUCAUUUAAAAUUAGUUUAAACUUUUUCUGUUGGAAAAUGGGACUGAAGCAAGCUCUGCUCCUGAUGUGUAGUGUGGACAGGUUUAGAUAAGAUUCUUUUUAAUUUGUUAAACUUUUUUUAAAGAAUACCUCACUUGGAUAAUAAUCAGGACAUGUGGGUGGGAGACUGACUGCUGCUUCAGCUAGACGGCUGCUUUUCUUAAUACUUGUUCAGGGAGAAAACCCUUUUAGAAUGAACUUUGACCCAAUCUGUGGUGAAUUUUGGCACCUUGAAGAGAAAUUGAGCACCCUUUAGCUUAUAGGAUCAAAGAUCACUGUGGGUUCAUGCACUAGGCAAGAAUGUGACUGAUUAGUCAAGGGUGGAUAAGACUGAGAUUUAACUUUUACCACCAGAUAGAUAGAUAGAUGUCCAGUGCCAAGCACUCCUAGUUCAGAUUGAAUGAAAUGAGAGCCUCUCAUCUGCUUGCCUGCAAUUAGCCUGAAUAUUUAACCUCAAACUGUACAGAUUAUGAGACCUCCGCUAGCUCUGGGAAGCAUGGCAAGAACUUUCUAACUCAAUCUUGUGUUAGAACAUCAUAGGACUAAAAUACUGGUAAGGGUGCAGUGCUCUCACUUUGAGAGGUAGAGAGAACCGAAGAACAUUUUAGAUUUAGAAUUAUUGUCAUUGAAGGGUGUGUCUUUUGGGAGGUUAUAACUGCAAGAUCAAAGUUGCAGCAAUAUUGUAUAGAGUUCUGAAAGCUGAGUGAUGAGGUGCAGCUUGAUGAUCUGAAUUACCCCUUGGGACUGACUGAAUCGUUAUGCAUGUGUCAAUCAAUGGGAAGAUGUGCAUUCUGUAGCUGUAGUUCUUAGGGUGUUUGGUUUUUUAUAAAUAAAGCCUGUUGGCCACUGUUUAGCUAUGUGGUGUGGAAGAUUUUAAAUGUAGCAAAGUUUAAUGAGUUGGGGGAAGGGGCAGUUGACAGUAAAGAAGAGCAGAAACCCCACUUUUGAACCAGUUCUGCUUUCUUUGUAAACCGUUGGAUUCUGAACAAGCUCUGGAAGGAACCAGUUGGCCUGUCUCAGACAUUCAGACAGGCCCAACUUAUUUAUUCUUACUGUAAGUACUACAGUUUAGUGUAGUGCCUGUGGCUGCAUCCAAAGGGCAUAAAAGGUUGUGAUAGACAGGCAAUCAUGCUUCUUAGGCCUGGUCUACACUAGAAAAUUAGGUCAGCUUCACUGCACCACUCAGGGAUGUGAAGAAUCUACACCCUUGCGGGACGUAGUUAAGCUGACCUGUCGACAGCACUAGGUCGAUUUGGAAGAAUUCUUUCGCCAGCAUAGGGAGUGUCCGUACUUAAGUACUGCACCGGUGCUGCUGUAGCGUUUCAAGCGUAGACCAGCCCGCACAGUACGUAUCUUGUUCCAGACAAAUUUCAGAGCUUAUUUACCUAUAUCAAAAGUCUUGCCCGUCACAUGGGCAAUGGCAUCCUCUUGUUCACAUAGUGUUUAACCACAUUUCCCACCCCACCCCAAACUACCUUUGUGGAUGUGCUGUAGGAUUUUUCUUGCUCAAUAGCAAGGCAGUAGCUCUACUUUCAUUUUAAGAAAGCAGAGUUUGGAGGGCAUUGUAUCAAUACUGUUUCAACUGCAAGGUUUUUUCCUUGUGAAAUUUGAGGAAAGAUCUUGUAAUAUCACAGAUUUUCUUAUACCUUGCUAUUGACAUUUUCAUGAUAUUUCUAUGUCUAGAGGCUGAAACUUCAAUGUAAAAUGUUUGCAUUUGUUCAUUUUGACUUAUGAUGUAAUUUUUGUUUCUCUAUUGUUAGACUUGUAAUGUUUAAAAUGGUAUUUUAUUAAAUUUGGACUGGCUGUAUGUCUAUAGCAAUACGAGGUACUCUUUCUAAACUGUUAUGGGUGGGUUAGCAGCCCUAUGUUGCGAUAAGAUGCUGGUCGUGUACAAUUUGCAAUGUAUUUUUUUUAGCCUGCAGGGAUAUUUUGUGUUCAUGUGUCCAAAAAAAUAAAAAAUUGGCAUUCUUGUGCCAAAUGUUCUGUU